GAGACCACAAACCCAAGGCCGAGAGAAAAUUGGUAAAAAAAUCCGAAGAGAGACAAACCGGAAAAAGGAAGAAGAAAAAAAGGGGGAAAAACAAGUGCAGAUAUGGAGGAAGCGAAGAAGAGGAAAAUGGACGAGACGGGUGAUGGCGAAACUUCUCAAGAGGAGCUUCGCUCUCUCCUUGAACCUAUUGAGAAAUCUCAGCUCGUUGAUCUCCUCUCCAGAAUAGGUUCUCAAUAUCCUUCGAUUGCCGAAGAAAUUAAAAGUAUGGCCAGCGCAGAUCCUGUUCAUCGAAAGCUUUUUGUUCGUGGCCUUGCAUGGAAUACUUCUUCGGAAACCUUGUGUGCUACAUUUCGAGCACAUGGUGAAAUUGAGGAAGGUGCUGUUAUAUACGACAAAACAACAGGAAAGUCUCGUGGUUACGGUUUCAUCACUUACAAACAUAUCGAGUCAGCUCAGAAUGCUCUCAAAGCUGGUGGCAAAAUGAUCGAUGGGCGGCUGGCUGUCUGUAACUUAGCUUGCGAAGGUCUGAGUGGCACAAACUCAAUAUCUGAUUUGUCUCAAAGGAAACUCUUCAUUGGAGGCUUAUCACCCGAAGUGACGAGUGAAAUGCUUCUCAGCUUUUUUGGUAGAUGCGGUGAAAUCGAGGAAGGUUCAGUUGCAUAUGACAAAGAUACAAAUGAAUCACGUGGAUUCGGUUUCGUCACUUUCAGGACAGUUGAGGCUGCGAAAAAGGCAUUGGAUGAUCCACACAAGAUCCUCGGGGGAAGGGCAAUAGUGGUGAAACUGGCGGAAACUCACAAGGGUAAGCAAGUGCAGCAGGCCCGGGUACUGACGGGUUUGAUCCCAACAAUGCCAAUGGCAGUGGCUGGUGGUCCGUACCCGCAACAGGCGGGGCAUCUGAGCCAUUCUCCAGCUGGCUAUUCUUACCCCCAAGCCCUAGUAGGAGGAGGACCUUACUCUUCAUACCCGAGCCCGCCUGCAACUAACGCUCAUGCGGUGGCACCACCAGGGUAUUACCAUCGGUCACAUGCUCAUGCGGGUGGUGGUCCAUAUGCACCGGUGGUAGCUAAGGAACCGAUAGGAAGGCCGCAGCAGCAGCAGCAGGCGACAGGGGUGGGUUUGCUUUCUUAUUACAUGUCCAAGCAGUGAGUGAGUGAGGUUGUUUCCUUGUACUUACUAGGUUAAUGACUAGUGUCCCCUCUUUCUUUGUACCAUGUUUUGUUGUUUUUUUAGCUUUCAUUAGAGAGCCUUGGAGGAACGCCUGGAUGUGAAGAAGACUAUAUAUUGGCCGUUGUUCUUUAAUAAUGAAGACAAUUAUUUAGUAU